AUGCGUUGGUACAGUCUCUACGCGGGAGCCCGACUAGAAAUACUCGACUUUGUCGUCCACUCUACCAUCCAAGAGAAAGGCUCCAUCGCACAAUACGCCUGCGUAUCCCGAGAAUGGCAAGAGUGGUUCGAGAUAUUCACAUUCAAGCGACUAGAAAUCUCACCAUCUGACAUCAUGCCAUUCAUAACCGUGUUCAUGAAUCUUCGCCGCCGAAGAUACCUCCAAUACAUUGGCGCGAAACUCGAUCUGCCAGUUCACGAACACAUUCAAGAUCCGUUUCUUGAUCGCGAUGAAUUCGUAAACAUACAUCAGCAAAUGCAAGCCCUUUCACAGCAGGAUCCUAUGCUGUGUUGCAAUUAUUCAUGGCUGAGAUAUAAACAUCAAGAGGACAUGUCAUGGCUGAAACAUCGAGAGGAGAAUUCGUGGCUGAAACAUCAAGACGAGGAAAACAACCGUGCUUUCACGAAUGUUCUGCGAGGUCUGUUUGCGGAGCUUUUCCAGUGGAGAAGAGAGCACUGUCAUCACGAGGGUAUUGAGCUGGAGAUCAUUGCUGAUACCAAAAGUCAUUGGCAGAAGACUGCGGAAGAGUGUCAGGCACUCAAUCCUCCUAGCGACAACGGUAGUGGGGACUUUCAUAACAGUCUCUCAAGCGAGCUCCAGAUCUUUCAUGCCCCUCCGUACCACGGACAUCAAGUGCUGCACGAUGGUGAGCUAGACUUUUCCUUUUGGCUGGAGCUAGACGUGCAAUUCGGAGGGACGCUGGGUCCUGAGGUCCACGUCAUCUCGGGCCUAUCAAUCCUUCGACGAAGUGUUCGUCACUUUGACCCGGAAUUUAUUGCUCAUAUUGUAAGCCUACUUCCGCGUCUGAGGGAACUUCGAUGGGAGGUUAGACCUCACGCGCAUUGGCGAACUGAGCAUAAGUUCCAUAGUCAACUGCAAAAACUGCUAAAGACGUUGAAUCCGGCUAUGACCAAGGUCAGGAUCCAACAGCAACCCACGUCAAAACCGCUCCACAGCCCAAGCCCCUCUAUGGACCGUCCAAGUCUCGGUGAUCGUCUGAUCCUAUCAUGUCCAUUUCUUGUAAACAUCUACAUGGACAUUAAAGUCGACAUUACCAAAUUCUUCUACAUGCGGAAUCAUUUACAAAAUGUUCGUAUCAUGUGCGUACGGACUCACCAGGCAUUGCUUGACGAACUCCCCAACACCUCGAAUGUGUUGUUUGGCGGUAUUGCCAAGGCGGUGUCCAAGAUGCCAAAGCUCAGCGCUCUGUGUGUGUUUAACAAAACCGACACUGAAGCUUGCGCUGUUAACUUUGUUGUGGAGCGUGAUAGCUUUAAAGUCAUUGCCCACUGCAGUUGGCCAUUUAAUGUCAGGGAUGAGACCAAGGCCCGCUGGAGAAAGGCUGGGAGACAUCAGCCAGGCAAUUUGGUUUGGUUGGCAGCGCAGAGCUCGUACGACACUGUUAAACAUGAGAUCAUGUUGCAACAGCAGUGGCAUAGUAGUUUCUGCUGA